AUGACAACGUUAACAGUACAGUUACGUGCCUUACUUAAUCAAGUAUGUGAGCAGAGAGUAUCAACUUCAACAGGAUCAGCUAUAAAUUUGCAAGAAACUUUGAAUGAUAAAAAAGAAUUGGUUGCUAAAUUAUUAGAUAACCCACCUAAAAUAAAUGAGCAUCGUAAUUCGAUCAAAGCAGGCAAAGCUUUUAUUAAUGGGAAGGAGUUCAAGAUUAAUGAAGACUUUAUUAAAGAAGCAAUUUUUUUAUCUGAUCAAUUAAAUAUUGAAGAGUAUGAAGCUUCUCGAUUACUACUUGAAGGUAUUAGCCGAGCUUCUACCAUGAAUUUAGCAGUUUUAGAUGCUGCUGUUUAUUUAUAUCAUGAAGAAAGAGGUUAUAUCUUAUCCAUUUUGAAUAUCAUUCUGGAGAGUGCAAAGGACCAAAAACUUGAUCCUAAAAUACAAUCUGUCUUCACCCAGUUUAUGGCUAAUAUUAUCAAGGAACAACCUUCAUCAAACUCCUUUGUUUCGAAAAUAUUAAAAUCAAUUAAGGAUAUAGCUGGAAUGAUUAGUUCUCUUUCAAAAACAGGCUCUUUGCCAGUAACUCCAUCUAGCACGAAUACAACAGCAAACUCAAGUCAACAGCAGCAACAGACAACUUCACUAUUUCAAAGCUUCCAAAAACCACAACUACAGCAACAACAGCAACAACAGCAGCAAACUAGCUUGCCCAACAAUGAACCAAAACUUGAUUCAAGAACAACUACUCUACGUAUUGAUCGUUUGAUUGAUGAACGUAUUCAUUUAGUUCAGAUAUUAUAUCAUGUUGUAUCACUAUACUUUUUGCCUGAAGAUGACUUGAUUAGUCUUUUAAAGCAUAUACAAUCAAUUAACCUUUCUGAUGCUACUUGCCCCUAUUUAUUGACUGCCCUUUUGGCUGCUCUUUCUGUAAAAUCAAAAGAACUUCCAGAGAACAAUUUCACAAAAAAUGAAGCAUAUCUUAAAAAAAUAAAUGAACAAAUUCUUAACAAGUCUUGGAAAGUGAACAGUUUACAAGUCUCUGCUCAAAUUCAAUGGGCACUUUCUAUAUCUAUUCUUACUAAAAUUAAUUCAUCAACUAAAAUAACUGUCCCAUUAGAACAAAGCGCCAUAAUUAAUGUUGUUGAAUCAGUCAUGAAGCAGGGUGUUUUUGGAUUUAUGAAUAGCUAUCUUUUGUAUUUUAAACAAACUAAUAUGGACAAAGAUAAAAAACCUACAAUCCAAAAUGCAGAUAUUGAUGACUCAGCUAUGGCCAUUGAUGGUUUGAUUGUUGAUCCAAAUGAUUAUACAAAGUUUGAUGUAGGAAUUUACUCUGAUUUUCAAAAAUAUGUAAUCUACGAGUUGGAGAAUUUGGCUGAAUUAUUUAUCUUUAACAUGUCAAAUGUAUUUAGCAAUCUCAAAAACUUGACUUCAGAUGAAUUAGCUCAAGUAUCAGGAGUGGUUGAUGGAAGCCAUCGAAACGGUUUAGAGCAGUUCUUAACAUUACUUGCUAGCAUUUAUAGGAACCGUUUAAAUAGCGGCUUAAAAUAUUGGGAUCACAGUAACUCAUUGUCUACUUUUGUUGCAUGGCUAUUGGACUUUAAAUUACCUUAUGCUCUUGCAGCUACAUUUGAUUUUUUAGGCUCUAUUUCCACAGGUGAAAAGUGUGCCCUUUAUGCUCACAAUACUUUGAAGAUAGGUAUUUCAGUAUUAGAUAUAUCUUCUAGUCACUUGUUCUCUUGGGGUAAGCUUUUUUCAGCUCUUCAAAUUUAUAGCCAACAAUAUGCAAAAAGAUUACCUGAAGAAGAACCCCCCACGAUACCUCCUUCUGAGGAAGAAGCAUUAUGUAAAUUUUUAUAUCUUUGUCAACAGGUUGUUCAGUACUCUCAGGAAGCUCGAACAGCUAUUUGGUCUGAUCCUGUACUUCGUGCACAUGAUUCUAUUGUUAGUAUGAUUAGUUGCCCUACUUCAAGUCGUUUCCGUUCAGCACUCUAUAAUCUUUUGGCUGCAUUCUGUUCAAAUUGGGGUGGAGGUAUAAAUCAUAUUGGUGAAAAGAUUAGUUUAGAAGUAUGGAACACGUUAGAAAAUUCGGAUAUGGUUAUUGUUAACAAAAUAAUGACCCAAGCACUUCCUGCAGCAACAGAAUCAACAUCAAAUACGCCUUUCCAUAAUGUUCUUUUUGGUAAUUCUACUAUGUCUAAUUAUGGUCAGCAACUGCCAGUUCAACCAUCUGCUGAAAAUCCAGAUUCUGUCGAAAAGUCUGUAAAGAAAAUCUCCUCUAGCUAUUUGCCAGAACAGCCAGGCGGUUUUCUUCGUGAAUUUCAAGAUGAAAAGAACAGAAAAUUAUAUACAGAAACACUCUCGUUCUUGAAUUUAAUGGCUUCACUCAUUCAUACUCAAAGUAAAAGAGAUCAACUUGUUACUGGUUUUGCUGUGACAUCAUCAUCUAUACCUUUCUGCUUAGGUGGUGCUUAUCGUUCACCUGGUACUGCUCCUUAUAUUUCACUUGUUGUUGAUCACAUCUUCCUUAACUUGAAAAAUUUACAAUAUAUUCAUCCCGAGACAAGAUGGCAAUUAACUGAAGUUUGUUUAAAAGUCAUUGAAAACAGUAUUAUGGCAUUAAAUUUUGAACCUAUCUACAGUUUUGUUAAGAAUCUUUCUCAGACUGAAAUGAAUUUAAUUGCCAAUUACACACAAAAUUUGAAAAAUAGUACUACAGUUACUGCUGACGAAUCUUUAUCUUCUAGUAAGACCAUCUAUGAAGAUUUUCAAAACUCUUUACUGUCUUGUGUUAGUCAUCCAGGUUACGAUAUUCUCGUUCGUAUCCUUUCAGGAGGUGCUUUAGUUCAAGAACUUUUCAAGAUAAUCUUAAUGGUGAAAGAGAAUACCUUUGGAAGUGAUAAAUCAAAGACAGGCAAGGAUAUAUAUUUCAAAAAAUCUAUUGUACGCUGUUUGCGUAUAUUCAAUCGAGUGUUCAAUAUUCAAAACAUGUUUGUAAAUUUCUUUAUUCCUCAAUUGGAGCAAACAUAUACUAUCUUGCCAAUGGGUGAAUUCAAGCUUGGUAACUACACUUUCCCGCUACCACCUCCUACAUUACGUUCUCUUAGUUCACUCAUGUUGUACAACACAGAGGUUAUUGUUCAGAUCGCUUCCAUGGUUAAUCAUGAAGAUUUUGAAAAUAUAUGCCAUCUUUGUAUAUCUAUCCUUUCCGCUUUAGCAUCUGACCCUAAAGGUAAUGAUUUAAUAGAUGAAGUCAAAUUUCCUCAUCACCUCAAGCAACCUAUGGGCGGUAUUGGGUCGCAACUAUCUGGUAUUUUGUUUUCUAGUGAUCGUGCAACUGAACUUAUUCAGGGCUUUGCUGAUCAACUUGAAAUCGAGACAGCUGAAAUAACUACUUAUGACGAUUAUGAAUAUAACAUAAACGUAAUUCCAUUUUGGCUUGCUGAAAAGACAUUGAGCAAUAUCCAUCGUUACAACGAUUAUGAAGAAUAUCAAUACCCUUCUUCCAUUCGUAUUAAUCUUUUGGAUUUACUGCUCAAAAGUGUAAAUCAAGAGACACCUUCACCUACUAUUGCUGAAUUUUUGUUAGGCUAUGAUCUUAAGGAUGUCGAGCUAAAAGGUUUUUAUCAGAAGUCACUAACUACAUAUAAACAAUCUAGAUUAGCAUGUUUCACUGCGCUUUUAUCUAUGAUGUCUAAAGGCAUAAAUGACGAUGACGAACAACCUUUAAUUGCCACACAUCCAGUUUUGGCUGAAAAAUGUUAUCAAUUAAUUUAUAAACUAUGUGUUCGCGAACCUACUUCAGCAGUGACUUUGAAUUAUCUUCAUAGUAGCAAUAAUUUCUUACUUGAACAGUUUAAACUGAUUUCCAGUCGCUUCGAACGUUCACUUACGGUUACAGAGCCUUGCUUUGAGGGUAUCUUGAUUUGUGCUGAUAAAACACAAAUCAAAACUGAUUAUUUGACUUUGGUUAGCGUUUUGCAUCAACGUGCAUGGUUAAUAGAAUUGAUUGCUUUGGAAUUGCAUUUAUCAGCACAAGCCUUCGAUAAAUUAGGAUCUAAUCAUUUACUUCGUGCAUUAUAUGGCGGAAAUGAUUCAACUGAAUUCCUUGUUGAAAAAUUCGAAAGUCUUCAUGUAGAACCCAAUGACAAUUACCAUCAACCUAUAUGGAACAUUUUGGAAAUUAUCAAUUCAUUGGAUUUUAUUUGGGUAGAUGGAUUAGAUGCUGCUGAAGAAGAUGCAAAAAACCUAACAUAUUUUAAAGAUUUUGAUGCCAAAAAAUAUGUAAUUAAGAAAGAUGGACAUGAACUUUACGAUAUUCGCACUAUUUAUAGAAUCCUUCGUCAAUAUCAAAUUUCGAACAAGAAGAUUGCAAAUAUGUCAGACCAAGAUUAUACAGCAUUGGAAAUAGAAAUGGGAUAUCUGUUGAAAAAAUUAAUGGCAGAAAACCGACAUCGUGAGAUUGCGAAUGGUCGCUUGCACUGUCUUCGUGCAUGGAAAAAAGUGGUUGAGGUUACAUUGACAGAUUGUUUCGAUGCGUUUUCUUUUGAAUCUCGUGAACGUAUCAUUUAUGAUUUACUUACCGUCUUGCUACCUAAGCUAGAUAGCGAUGCAUGCAUCGAUAAUAAUAUCCUAAAGGGAUUAAGUGAUAUGAUCCUGAGCCUUUUAACAAGAUUAAAAGAAGACAAGUCCCGUCAAGCUAUUCUUCACGUUUCACCUAAAGAACGAACAACAACAAGACGUAUUGGAUUACCUGAUGACAAACUUUAUGUUAUCAUUAGUCUAAUUAUCGAAUGUAUUCGUAAAAAGAACUCCAUUAUUCAAGUACGUAGCAUUAUGUAUACAGCGCUUGUUAGUCUACUACAGUAUAUUGUGCCUUAUGAUGAAAAAAAUGAAGAAGAUUAUUUAAAUGAUCGCAUUCGUUCAAGAAUUAUUGAUAUUAUUUACGGUAGUGCUUUGAAUAUUAUUUGUGACGAUGCUUGUCAUUCAGUCAAUGAGUAUAAGGCCUCUGCCUUUGCUCUUUUAGAAGCGCUCUAUAAUUUAUUUUAUCAAAGCAAGGACACAAGCAUGCACACACAUUUAGUCAAGAAUAAUUUCUUAAAAUAUAUAAUUGAUAUGACAGAACGUUCAGACGCUGAUCUUUUAUAUAUUCUUAGAAAUCGUGAUGGUAAAUAA